AUGGGAAAGGUAAAAUCAAAAAGAGCGAAAACUGAUGAGAACAGUUUAAAGAACAUUUAUGGUGACCCACCAAAGAUUAAUUUUAGUCUUCCAGAGAUAAGUGAACUAACCCAGGAUUUUAAAGAUUGGAAGGAUGUUCAACUCCCAGUUGACAUUCUGUUGUUAACAGUGAAGGACUGUGAGUUCUUAAGUUGUUACUAUUACAUUAAUGAUCCAUUCAAAAGCUAUGUUAAAGGGCUUGGUACUUGGUACUUUGGCACUCUAGGUGAAAAUCAAGAUGUUAAACUGAAUGUGGCUUUGAUGCAAUACUCAGAGGGUUCUAAAGUUCCUGGUGGUGCUUUGACUGUUGUAAAGAAUGCUGUCACUCAGCUGAGGCCAAAAGCUGUCUUUACUGUGGGUCACUGUAGUGGUAUGAAUCAGGAAACAACAAAGCUGGGGGAUGUGGUUGUAUCAGAAAAGCUCACAACCUAUUCCUAUCAGAAGGUUACAAAGGAUGGAAAGAAAUUUUGUGGGUUCACAACUCCUGUAAGCAGAGACAUCGCUGAAAUCAUCAAAUGUGCAGGUCAUGGUUGGAAUCCACCCCUGGAAAAUCCUAAAGAAAGGAAAGUUGAAGUCCACUGUGGUGAGGUUUUGAGCGGUACUGAGGUUGUGCAAGCUGAGUGGCGACAAGAGGAGCUAAUGAAGUCAUUUCCUGGAGCAAUUGCAAUUGAAACAGAAGGAGAGGGUAAGAUCUCUUUUUCCUAUGAAGUAACCGUCACUGUAAAAUCUGCUCAAAGAGGUAUUUGGGUAUAUUUGUAUCCUGGGAGAGAAAGAGUUGAUACUGAUAUGUGGUAGGUAAGCUUUUCUGCAAGUGUUGAGAGAUGCACUGGCUUGUGUGUGUGAACAUACUGGAUUUAAGAUCAAGAGGUCUGGGUUGAAGCCCUGGGCUAGAGUGAUUGUGUUGUAGUCUUGGCUUUACCCUCAGAGUGUGUCUCUAUACCCAGGAGUAUAGAUGGCUACUGAUGAACUUACCAGUUUUUCAUAUACAUGUGGAGGGAGUAAGGGUACAGUCUUAGUGGUUGAAUGGUACGGGACCUGGGAGAAGCUCAUGCUACAUGGACUAGCUUUGCACCUAGUAUAUGUAAGGUGACUUUCCAAAACAUAUGUCUAGUUCCUUACAAAUAUUUGAUAACAAGUUGGUAACAAUGGAAGAGGUUAAAAUCAAUAGAUUUUGGAGCAAAUUUGUUGUUUUAUUCAUAAUAGCUUGUUAUUUUAUGUCUCAGGAGUUUUCAGUGCAGCACAUGAACUGAAAAUGGAGUGGGUCGUCGUCAAGGGUAUUUCAGGAUAUGCAGAUGGAACUGAAGAGAGAGAAAACUGGCAAACAUUUGCAAGUGUAACAGCAGCUUCUCUUGUUGCCAACAUUCUAAACCAGUGCAGUAUUUUUGAAGAUUGGCUACAUUACAAAGGUAAACAGAUCAACUUUUAUCUUUUUUAGGCCUGCAUUAUAUUUGCUCGCAGUCACUAGCUAGUCUUGUAUGCUGUUUAGUUUUGUGUUUUAUAAAUGUGCUGGAACCGAACUGCCAAAACUAAAUUAAAAACAUGAUUAAUGACCUAUGAUCAUGCACUGACAAAUCAGAACAGCUCUUGGAUCAGAAAUGUUACAUGUUUGUCAGCAAUUUCACCGACUCUGCUAAUGUUUGGGAUUCUUUUAAGCUUUUGAUAGCAUUUUCCCUCUGAGAAGAAGACCACCAACCCCCCAAUAAUACACCUAAAAACUCCUGCCUCACUCACUACUUGACUGCCAACUGAAAGCGUAAGGUUGCCAGUAUUUCCUCCUGCUUUUUAGGCUUUGGUCUCCAAUGAUCGAUGAAUAGCUAAGUCAAUAUCAGUUUGCUAGAAAGCAACUUGCCCACCUACUAGAAUACAAAGAUACAAGAAAAAAAACUUCCUUUUUUAACGACGCUGUCUUUCUACACUGGCUGUUUAUUUUACAGAAAGGAUAAUUUUUUCCAAGUAUUUUGCUCUAAUUUUAAAAAAACAAGUAAAUGAUAGGUAACCAGACUAAAGAAAAGAAAAAUUCAGUUUGUGUAUGUGGGCAUCCCUGUCACGUGUAAAACGAUAUGUAUAACAUGUAAGGAUGCGUAAUGUAAUCGCAGGAAAUGGCCUUAAACGAGGGAAAAACCUUAAAACUUUUAAGCGGAAAAGGAAAAUCGCCAAGGCUGUGUAAAGCUUAUCAUUUGACCGAAAAAAUCUGUCCCAAUUAGUUUUUUUAAAAAUAUUUGUGAAGAAUGCGAUACAAGUGUGCAUAUGCCACAAGUACCGUUGCAAGUUUUCGUGUUAGUGAAUGUCUCUCUUUUUUCCCCAAGUUGUUUAUUGUAAGGAAAAUAUUUUUUUCAAGCUUCUCGGUCGAUUGCAAACAAGAGAUAUAAAUGGUACGUCACCAAAUCGGUCUACGUGGCGAUGACAAUUUUUGUUCCUGGUAAAAAAAAAAAAAAAGAGCAAGAAAUCUUCCGUUCGCGUAUAUGGGCGUGCAUAUUUCGUGUAAAAUGAUGCACAGUAGGAUGCAUAAUGCAAUGGCACGAAGUGGCCUCGAAACCAAAUUCCUCAGGAGACGUUUCAUGAGAAAAGGAAAUAGCUCCAUUGCUACUAUGAAUCUGUUGGUUCGAAAAAUCUGGUCUAAUUUUUUUUAUUUUUACAUCUGUUAUCACGCAGGGGGUUCUACUAAACAUUUGCCUCGGCCAGAGGUGAAACGCCGUGAGGAAGAGUCGUCUCCGAAGGACGCUCUAACUCCAAAGGAAGGAAAAACUCGUUUUGCAGGUAAAAUGAGGACAUAUCUAUGGGCGUGCCCAGUGACCCCCACCCCCCAACCCGAUCUUUCUUCCCCUUGCCUUGAUAAAAUAAAUAUACGUGGAUUCAGCAAAAUGGCAUGAAUAGAUGCAAUAUGUACUACACGCUAUCCUCUCAUCUUGAUGCUUUGCUGUGAUAUCUUAAUGUUUGUUGUCAAGCAAGGAGUUCCCAGCGACGAAGAUUUAGAGAGACUUUCGCAGAAACUCGAAAAAUGGAAGACAGUCGGGCGUCAUCUCGAAAUUGUGGAAGCAAGAUUAACGGCGUUUAACAAUGAAAAUAUAGAAUGGUCUGAAAAAAUCUUCAAAAGGUUAUUACAUUAGCAAGAGAGGGAGGGCUCAGCUGCAACAUACUCAUAAGACACCUAGAAUCUCCCGCCUUACCCCUCCCCUCCUUUUAGCCCAACCCCCAUUUUAUAAACCACACAUAACCCAAUCGGUCCAACGAGGGGCUAAUGUUCGAAUUUAAGCUUUAGAAACUCAUAGUUACUACAAUAUUUGAGGUUUUCCCUAAUGUUUGUCUUAAUAAUAAUUUCACUUGUCACAGAACAAAUCAUGUUCGUGAAAUGAGCCCACGCUUCUCUCCUUCACGGGAGGAUCGAAGACUGUACUCGUGAAUUAGGGGCAAAUCAAACCCGAGUGAUUUUCUUUUCGAUGUGGGAGAAAGAAUUUUUACCAAGCUACUUGUUUUUUGUCUACAGACUCGUCUGUAACAGAAUUUUGGGAAUGGUGUCGGAAUCAGUUGAAGGCGUUUUACAACACCAUGUGUCAAGUGAAAAUAACACCAUGGGACCCAGACAACACGGUACACAUUAAUGACAUUUACAUACAAGUAACGUUUUUACAAGACCACAGGAAACCUGACGGGACAACGAAAAAAAAGCUGGGAGACAGCAGUGAAGUAUUUGAAGGUGACAAAGAUCAUCCCAUCCGUAGACGAAUUCUGGUGUAUGGAAGACCUGGAAUAGGAAAGUCUACUUUCACUCAAAAAGUAGCUGUGGAUUGGGCAAAUGGCAGAAAGAAGAUCCUCGAAAAGUUCAAUCUUUUACUGUUAAUCAGGUUACGAGACGUUUGUGGUAUUUCGGACCUCAGUACCAUGUUAAAAACAGCGGAACUGUUGUCUGCUGAUGACCCGAUGGCAGUCAAUAACUUGUGUGAAUAUGUCCGUCAGAACCAGGAGAAAGUGCUGCUCAUUUUGGAUGGAUAUGAUGAGUACAGCGGUGGAAAAUCAUCCCCAAUUCACCAGAUUUGGAGAGGCAGUCAACUGAGAGACUGUUGUAUAAUAAUCACAACGCGGCCAGUGAAAGAGGAUGAGCUUAGAGUGCCAAGUCACGCUCAGUUUGAACUUAACGGGUUCAAUAGCUGGAAACAGAAGAAACAGUUUGCAAGUAAGAUUCUUCCUGAUAAGGAGGACGUUAAAGGGCUACUUAAAUACCUAAUAAAGCAUCACCUCGUGCAGAUGGCAGAGAUUCCGCUAUUAUUGUUGAUGUUGUGUCUUCUCUGGAAAAAGAAAAAGCAUCAAUUACCAACAUCUCGUGCGGAAAUUUAUGUAGGAUUUAUUCAGACUCUCUUGGAUCAUAUGGCUACUAAAGACGUAGACAACGUCGCAACAGUUAAAAGCAUAGAUGAAUAUCAAGAGGAACUUUCCAAAAUAGGAAAACUUGCCUUUGAUGCUCUUUUGGAGGACUGCCUUCAUUUUGACUUCACCAAAUUUCCGCUUGGUGAUCUCUUCGAGAAGCUUAUUCAUGUCGGUUUUUUCCAAGUUUCCAAACUUUCUGCUGUGAACCGUGAGAAGAUCGUGUAUUUUCUUCACAAGUCCGUUCAGGAGUUUCUCGCCGCCUGGUUCAUCGUUCAAGAAGUGAAGGUUAAGAAGAAUGAAACCGUCACCUGCUUUUCAGGAAUGGAUACGUUUGAAAAAUCAAGGAAGAUGGCUGAAGUUCUAAAAUUCGUUUGUGAGUUGUCAUCAGAAGCUGCUGGCAUUGUUUUUGAUCAUCUACGUUAUGUCGGAAAGAAAGAAGGUCUCACAAAUUACAAUUUUACUAGGACGGCUUUUGUCAAAGAUUUUUCUGAUGAACAAUACAAGUUUAUUGAACUCUGUGUCGAUUGUUUGUUCUGUUGUCCAGCCUCAGACAGACUAGCUGUGAAUUCUGCAUUUCUCUCAUGUGUUAACUAUGUUGUAAUACUUAAUCGGAAACACUCGUCUAUCGCUGCCAAAACGCACUUCUUCAAAUACACCACCAGCUUCCCCAACUAUUUAUUUUACUCAGAUUGGGAGAGUAACUUUGAUGAUUUUCUAUCCAUAUUGUUUGACUUGAACGCGGUCGUUUUAACGUGCUCUGGAGAAAUUAAAGAUUUUAAAAAAUACCUCGAUUUACGCGAUCCGGAAUUUUUCCUCAAAAAAAGCGAAAAAAAAAACUUUAUCUAUCUACAUCGCAUAACAGAUGCUGUUUUUUGCUCUAAACUUCUUCCUGAACUGAUGUCAGCGCCGGUUUGUUCUUCUCAGCCACCUGUCGAUAAUCUGGGAGAGAAUGAGGACAACAACGUUGCACUGUCUCUGACUGAGAACAGAUCUGACCAGGCACAACAACAUUGUUUGUCACUGGUGAGAGAGGUUGAGUUAGAGGAGGUCGCAGUUGAGGAUUUUGUUCUGUUGAAGAACUUGUUGUCUUUUUUAACAGCUCUUCGAGAUAUUGAUAUAUGGGGGCGCGGGAGAGAUGCCUUGGAAGGUAAUUCGAUUGAGAACGCGAUUCACAGAAUUAAUUUUACUGACAAUCUCCACAGUUUAAAACUUCGCAAUAUCAAUCUAACAGCAAAGUGUGCUGCUUUUAUUGCUGAGUCACUGCACCACUCUCCAAACUUGCAUGAGCUCUGCUUGUCAGGGAACCCCUUACACAGCGGUGUGAGUCAUUUGGCAGAGAAUCUUCAUCACACUCCACGGUUGACUAUUUUAGAGUUAAAUGAUGUACAAAUGGGAGAAAAGGAAUGUGCUGCACUGGCUGCCUCAUUACAGUACUUAAACAAGUUAGAAAGACUGAGUAUGUCAAACAAUGCACUGGGUCAUGGGAUCAUUGAACUGGCCAAGAACCUGAACAGUGUACCCAAUCUGACUACGCUGCGCCUGUCGGAUACAAAUAUGGGUAUAGAUGAAGAAUCAGCACUGGCUCGUGCACUUAAGGAUGUACCAGAGCUGAGAAUUCUUGAUCUAGCGUCGAAUCCACUUAGCGGAGGACUCAGGGACCUGGUUCAGCAUCUCAGCAGUGUUCGUAAGCUGAGGUUCCUGUGUCUUUUUAGUGUUCGGAUGACAAAGACAGAGUUAAAAGAGCUGCGUAGAGGCAUCACUUUGUUCACUGAUUACCAUGUAAGAGUCUUU